UAAUAAAUAAUUAUCUAAAUGCAUGGAAGAUUGAAGAGGAUUAAAAUGGUGUUUAAAGAUGAUGGUAAUAUGACGUUUAAAAACGAUUACACACAAUUGUACAGAAUAACUUAAAACAUGGAACUCUCUUGAAAUCGGAGUGAAUGACGUCGUUUAAAUGUUUGGCAUUACAGACCAUCCAGUUGAGAGAUGCAGUAAGGAACAAGCAGAUAUACCUGAUGAAAGCUCUUCCAUACCUGAUAAAAGAUCGCUUUCUCCUGAAAACAACCAACUAUGCUCGAAGAAACCAAAAAUUGAUGAAAAAUCCACUUUACAUCCAGACGACAGUGAAGAAGAUAGUGCUAAUUUACAUCUUAAUUUAAGUAAAGAAAAUACAAGAUCUAAUAUAUUUGAUAUGAAUAAUCGAAACGUUGAAAAUUUUUAUUUAUCAAAUACUGAUGCACAUAACAAAAAAACCACAAAAUCUGACACUCCAAAAAAGCGUGAUUAUGCAAAAUUUAAAUUGAAAGAACUACGAAUUGUUUUAAAAGAUAUUAAACACAAUAAUCUGUAUUAUAAUAAUGACAAAGUAAAAAGUUCUGAAAAUAAAAUUUGGGAAGUGGAGGAAAUUUUAAAUAAAACAAGAAUAAAUGGUGUUACGUUAUAUUUAGUUAAGUGGAAAGAUUGGUCCAAGGAUUAUAAUACAUGGGAACCAUUAGAGAAUCUAACUAAUUGCAACCAACUUUUGGAGAAGUUUGAGAAUAGAAGGUCCAGAUUAUUGAACAGAUUUAAAAAAGAACUUGAUUUUAAUCCAACGAAGCAAGACGUUCACCAAUAUUUACAGAUAAUCAGAAAAAAAGGAGAAUCAAUUGAUUGUAAUUCAAUAGAAGAACAUACUCUUUACGCUAAUAUAAGUAAUUUUUUUAAACUUAAUAAAGUAAAACGAAGACAAUCAGAGAAGAACAUUAAAGAGGAAAUCUUACGAUUUAUGUUCUGCGACUUAAGAAGGGAACAAUUAGAAUUAUUAAAAGACUGGCAAAACGAGAUGAAUAGUAUCAGUAAACAUAAACCAUUGAUAUUAGUAGAAAAUUUAGUAGAUCUUGAAGGCCCACCAGAAAAUUUUUUUUAUAUCGAAGAAUAUCUUCCCGGUGAGGGUGUAGUAAUACCCGAAGAUCCUCCAAUUGGUUGCAAUUGUAUUAAUUGUGGUUCUAAUACAAAAUGUUGUUUUGUACAAAAUGAUAGUACUUUCCCAUAUACCUCGAAGGGAAAAAUUCGUGUUAAGCCAGGUACACCAAUAUACGAAUGCAACAAGCGAUGUAAAUGUGAUAUCAAUUGCCCGAAUCGUAUUAUUCAACGUGGUACCCGUAGAAAAUUUUGUAUUUUUAAAACUGACAAUGGUAGAGGUUGGGGUGUAAAAACAUUGGAAAGUAUCAAGAAGGGUUCAUUUGUAACACAGUAUGUGGGAGAAGUAAUUUCAAGUGACGAGGCUGAUAAACGUGGCAAAGAAUAUGAUGCUGCAGGUAGAACAUACCUUUUUGACCUUGAUUAUAACGAAACCGAUAAUCAAUGUCUUUAUACGGUUGAUGCAGCUGUAUAUGGUAACAUAUCACAUUUUAUCAAUCAUUCCUGUGACCCUAACUUGGCGGUCUAUGGCGUUUGGAUCGAUUGUCUCGAUCCUAAUCUACCAAAACUCGCAUUAUUUGCUACAAAAGAUAUCCAAAAGAACGAGGAAGUUACAUUUGAUUAUGUGUUUCAACCUUUUAAGAUGAUGCAUGAGACGGAAGAUGAUAUCAAAGGAAAAAAAACAACUGAUACAUCUCCAACAAAUGAGAUGAAAACACAAUUAGAUUCACCUGAUUUGGGUACUGCUAGUAAAGUAUUUUGCAAGUGUGGUGCUAAGAAUUGUAGAAAAUAUUUAUUUUAAGAAUUAUUAUACAAAUUAUUUAUAAAAAGAAAACUUUUGUUUAUAAUCAUAAAGAUUACAUUGGCGUGUGCUUAUAGUUUAAUUAUUUCACUAAGA